AUGGCGAUGGCUGAGGGAAAGCUAGAAUGGAGGAUAAACGUAAGUGACGGAAGAACUGAGAGUUUAGAGCCGGAAUCUGGACCAGUUCGCAGACUUUGGUUGCGUUUAAAAUGUGUUAUUUUCAGAGAAUUGAUUCUGAAGAUAUGGAGAUUCUUGGAGAAGGCUUGGAGCAUAGCAGUUGCUGAGCCCAAGAAGGUUAUUCAUGGUGUCAAAGUCGGGCUGGCACUUUCCAUUGUCUCUCUUCUUUACUAUAUGAGACCUCUUUAUGAAGGCGUUGGUGGAAAUGCCAUGUGGGCAGUAAUGACCGUUGUGGUAGUUUUUGAAUCCACUGUCGGAGCAACACUCUGUAAAUGUAUAAAUAGAGCAACAGGAACAUUUCUAGCUGGAUCACUAGGUGUUGGUGUUAAUUGGGUUGCAAAUCAAUCCGGAGAUCAAUUAGAACCCGUAGUUCUUGGGGCUUUCGUUUUUUUCUUUGCUUCAGCAGCAACUUUCUCUCGGUUUGUGCCAUCAGUAAAAGCUCGGUUCGAUUAUGGUGCCAUGAUCUUCAUUCUUACGUUCAGCUUAGUCUCUGUUUCAGGCUACCGGGUAGAGAAACUACUAGCUCUUGCUCACCAAAGAGUAUCCACAAUAGCUAUUGGGGCAUCUAUCUGUAUUUUUAUAAGCAUGCUGUUCUGUCCCAUUUGGGCAGGUGAGGAGCUUCAUCUUCUCAUCCAACGUAACCUGGGCAAGCUUGCUGAUUCCUUGGACGGUUGUAUGGCUGAGUAUUUCAGAGACAACGAAAGUUCGACAGUCAAUGGAGAAGACGCCAGCAAGAAAAUGCAAGGAUACAAAUGUGUUCUUAACUCAAAGGCAACAGAAGAAUCUAUGGCCAAUUUUGCGAGAUGGGAACCAGCACAUGGGCGCUUCAACUUUCGACAUCCAUGGAAACAAUACCUCAAGGUUGGGGCUUCAAUGCGCAGCUGCGCUUACUGCAUUGAAACUCUCAACAGCUGUAUCAAUUCAGAAAUUCAGGCGCCUGAACACCUAAAGAAGCUUAUGAAGAGGGCCUGCAUGAAUCUGACCUCCGUUUCUUCAAGUAUCCUAAAAGAACUGGCAAUUACAUUGAAGACAAUGAGAAAACCAUCAAAGAUAGAUUUCUUUGUUUCAGAGAUGAACUUUGCCGUACAAGAACUCCAAGAUACAUUGAAGUCUAUCCCGAACCAUCUUAAUGCAAACUCAUUGACGACAACACCAGAAACUGAUUCUCAAGAAACCAAAGUAGAAGCUGUGAUAAAAAUUAUCAAUGUUCCACCUCUCAUGGAGAUUCUUCCUCUGACUACUAUGGCGUCUCUGUUGCUUGAAAACGCAUCAAGAAUCCAAGGGGUUGCCAGUAUGAUUGAUGAACUGGCGACUCUUGCAGAAUUCAGGCCUGCAUCUAACAAGAAGCAGAAACAAAAUGAACUCUGCACUAACAGACCUGUUCAAGAAAACCGAGUCUGA